GAUAUGUCCUCAGCACCAACUACUCCUCCAUCAGUGGAUAAAGUAGACGGAUUUUCUCGGAAGUCCGUCAGAAAAGCCAGACAGAAGAGGUCACAAAGCUCCUCCCAGUUUAGGUCUCAGGGCAAGCCUAUCGAGUUAACUCCCCUGCCUCUGCUAAAAGACGUUCCAUCUUCAGAGCAGCCUGAACUGUUCCUAAAGAAACUUCAACAGUGCUGUGUAAUUUUUGACUUCAUGGACACGCUUUCAGACCUUAAAAUGAAAGAAUACAAGCGCUCCACUCUUAAUGAACUGGUGGACUACAUUACAAUAAGCAGAGGCUGUUUGACAGAGCAGACUUACCCUGAAGUAGUUAGAAUGGUAUCUUGCAAUAUCUUCAGAACUCUCCCACCUAGUGACAGCAAUGAAUUUGAUCCAGAAGAAGAUGAACCCACCUUGGAGGCAUCGUGGCCACAUUUACAGCUUGUAUAUGAGUUUUUCAUACGAUUUUUGGAAAGCCAAGAAUUCCAGCCCAGCAUUGCCAAAAAGUACAUAGAUCAGAAAUUCGUAUUGCAGCUGUUGGAGCUGUUUGACAGUGAAGACCCUCGAGAACGAGACUACCUAAAAACAGUCUUGCACAGAAUUUAUGGCAAGUUUCUGGGUCUUAGAGCAUUUAUCCGAAAACAGAUUAAUAAUAUUUUUCUACGAUUUGUUUAUGAAACUGAACACUUCAAUGGCGUAGCUGAGCUGUUGGAAAUAUUAGGAAGUAUUAUCAAUGGCUUUGCUUUACCUCUUAAGGCAGAACACAAACAGUUUCUGGUGAAGGUGCUGAUUCCUUUACAUACUGUCAGGAGUUUAUCACUCUUCCAUGCACAGCUGGCGUAUUGCAUAGUACAGUUUCUGGAGAAGGACCCUUCACUCACAGAACCAGUCAUUAGAGGUCUAAUGAAAUUCUGGCCAAAAACCUGCAGUCAGAAAGAGGUCAUGUUCCUAGGAGAGCUGGAGGAAAUCUUGGAUGUAAUUGAACCAUCACAAUUUGUCAAAAUCCAGGAACCCUUGUUUAAACAAAUUGCCAAGUGUGUCUCUAGCCCUCAUUUUCAGGUGGCUGAAAGAGCACUGUAUUAUUGGAAUAAUGAAUACAUCAUGAGUUUGAUAGAGGAGAAUUCAAAUGUUAUACUUCCCAUCAUGUUUUCCAGCCUUUAUAGGAUUUCUAAAGAACACUGGAAUCCGGCUAUUGUGGCUUUAGUCUACAAUGUGUUGAAGGCAUUUAUGGAAAUGAACAGCACCAUGUUUGACGAGCUGACAGCCACUUACAAGUCAGAUCGUCAGCGUGAGAAGAAGAAAGAGAAAGAGCGUGAAGAACUGUGGAAAAAACUGGAGGAUUUGGAAUUAAAGAGAGGUCUUAGACGUGAUGGAAUAAUUCCAACUUAACAAAAAAACAACACAGCAUUAUUAACCUGUGGAGUCACACAUUUAUGUAGUAGAAGAUGGAGCAACAGUUUUCUGUAUUGUGCAACUUUACAGUAGAUUUCACAUUUGUUUCAUUAUUACAACAGCACUGUAUAUACCUGUCUCUAAGUAAAGGAAAAAAAAUAAGGACUUUAAUCCAAAGUUUGGACAGCAGAUGGACUUCUCAGAACUUUGCAAACAUAAUCAUUGUUUUAACCCUUCUUUAAAACCAGUCUUCAAAGAUCUGUUGAUGAAAAUUGCGAUGUCAAAUUCCAUUGUCAGGACCUGUUCCUUAUUUAUCGUUAGCAGAGAGUAUAACUUUCAAAUGUGAACAAUCUUAAAAUUUAGCUUGUCUUUCUGCUAAACUGUUAAGUGUAUUUAUAGUAAAAGAGAAAAAAGACUGUCAUUUCCUUAUGAGUUUGUGUAACAUCCUCCUUCUCUGGAUAACUUUACUGUAAUUUGAUGUUUUUUUCCUUUUGCACAUCUUCAUAAGUUGAAUGUCCAUUCAGAUCAGGGCCAUGAAAAACAUAGGUCCUGAAUAAAAGUUUUGUUUACUGGUGUGAGCAUUUUUUUUUUUUUAGUACCAGGCUGUUUCUGGUGCUUCCUUAAUUUGAACAUUAGGAGUUAAAAAACAAGUAGGUGAUAAACAUAGUAGGAAAGGGAGCUUUGGAUUCAUGCACCUAUUUAUUGCAAAUCCAAAUUAGUGUCCACAAUCCUUUAAAAAUGGGCAGUGGUAACACCCUGGACUUCAGUACCUAACCAGUAUUAGUGACAUGGCAUUGGACAUAUAUACCAGAGUUGGUUUAGAAAUACUAAUUGCUAAAUUAUUACAGUAUGUUUUAUUGGACCAUCUGGAAAGAAUAAAGACAAACGCUAAACAGUGCAAGCAUGACAUUGAUCCCCAGUGGUCAUGGAUCUAAUUGGAAGUAGAGUUGAGAUAGCAGUUUGGACUGUUUGGAGUUGUUGCCUUACUUUUUAAUAUGUAUUUAUAAAGUGUUCCAGCAAAAGAGGAUGUAGCCUCUAAGAAACAUACUAUAGUGUUUUUGUGGUUCUAGUACUAUUACUCAUCACAGUACCAGCCCUAUGGUCUUAGCUGGAAAGGAUUUUGGAUAAUAUACUUCUGCAUUCUCAUCUGGAUGCUCAUUCCUAACUACUGUAUUUGUUACCAAAAGUGGUUCUACAAAUGCUACUGAAAAAGAAUUCUGGAAAUCCUAAUGUUCUGAGUAUUAAUAAUAAAGUUUAAAAUGCUUUUAUAUCAAA